AUGGACAUGUUGGCUAUCUCUGUCUUCUGCGUGAUCCUGCCGCUGGUUCGAUCCCAGAAGCUAAAUGAAAACGUCGGAGAAGCUAUGCAGUUCUUGAGGGAAUACGAAGACCAAGCUGCAGACAUGUGCUUCAGGGUGAAAACUGCCCAGUGGACCUACUCUACCAACAUUACUGACUUCAACAAAAUGAGAAUGAAAGAAGAGCAAGAAAGGCAGUCGCGUUUCGAAAAGGCUUCAUGGAAGAAGUUGUCCACUUUUGCUUGGGCACGAUUCUCAGACCCUCAAAUCAACCGUCAGCUAAAAAUCCUACUGUCCAAGGGACGGUCAGCGCUUUCCGAUCCAGAUUUGACCAGGCUUCAGCGGUUGAUUCAGGAAAUGAAGGAUGUAUACAGUUCCAUUCGAGUGUGUCCUUAUAGCGGACAGACUUCUCCGUAUUGCGACCUUGCGCUUGUCCCUGAUCUGACUCGUACCCUGGCCCAUUCCCGUAACUACGAGGAGCAGCUACAUGUAUGGCGCUCUUGGCAUGACUCCGUAGCUCAGCUGAGGCCCAAGUACGUAGCCUACCUCGACCUCAUCAAUAAGGCAGCUCAGCAGCAGGGUUUCCGAGAUGCCUCCCAGCACGAAAGAUCAGUCUACGAGGACCCCGAAUGGGCUCGUCACAUGGCCGAGGUAUGGGCCCACCUGAGUCCCCUGUACCAGCAACUACACACUUACGUUCGUAGGAAACUGCACGAGUACUACGGUCCUCGCAGGAUCAGACUUGACGGGCCUCUACCAGCUCAUGUCCUUGGAAAUAUGUGGGGCCAAAGCUGGAAGAAUAUUUUUGAUAUUGUCAUCCCCUACCCGAACAAGAGAAGGGUGGAUGUGACUUCGGAAAUGGUGCGACAGGGAUACACCCCUAUCAGAAUGUUUCAAAUCGCUGAACAGUUUUUUACAUCAAUGGGGAUGAAACCAAUGCCAGUGGAGUUUUGGCAGAAAUCUAUGUUUGAGAGACCUCCAAACAGGCCAGUGGCGUGCAAGGCGUCCGCUUGGGAUUUCUGCAACCAGAAAGACUACAGGAUGAAGCAGUGUACAGAAGUUACUAUGGAGGGUCUACUGACAACUCAUCAUGAAAUGACGCAUAUUCAGUACUACCUUCAGUACGCCCGCCUGCCCUAUGUCUUUCGGGAUGGUGCUAAUCCAGGAUUCCAUGAAGCGAUGAGUGAAGCCAUUGGCCUUUCUGUAAUGACUCCUCGUCAUAUGCAUCGCAUUGGGCUGCUAGGAAACAUCACGGAUGACUACGAGACAAAAAUCAACUUUUUACUGGAGAUGGCUCUAGAAAAAGUUGCGUAUCUUCCUUUUGCCUACUUAGUUGACCAGUGGCGAUGGGGUGUGGAGUCGGAAGGCACCCGCAACAUGAACGCUCGAUGGUGGGCGUUGAGACUUCAUCACCAAGGGGUUGUGCCUCCAGUGCCCCGAAACGAGUCACACUUUGACCCCGGAGCCAAGUAUCACGUUAUUGCUGACCAGCCGUACAUCAGGUACUUCGUAUCACUAGUGUUCCAGUUCCAACUCCACGCCUCUCUAUGUGAGGCGGCUCGGCAUUCCGGACCUCUGGACACUUGUGACAUAUUCCGAUCUAGAGAGGCUGGUCGUCUGCUAAGCUCGGUGAUGGGCGUAGGGGCUUCCCUACCCUGGCCAGAGGUCGUCAGGAUAGCCACCCAAGGUCAAACCUCCAAUAUAGACCCUCAGCCCAUGCUCACCUACUUCGCCCCUCUGAUGUCCUGGUUGCAAAUGCAGAACAGGGACGACUACCCUGUGGGAUGGUUCACCUCUCCGUCAGACACAGUGGAUCUUGAAGCCACUCCUUCCAAACUGUAG